UCUCAGAGAUUGCGUGAAAAUGACACCAUCUCAAACCUAUGUGUUCUUGGUACUCUUUUGUGUAGUGGGAAACAUCCUAGGAAAUGAUAAAUUGGAAAUAUCCCAGAUACAGUGCAUGGCACACAGGGACUGCCUCGAGAGUCAGCAAUGUGUGGACAUGAAGUGUGCAGACCCUUGCCCUGGGGCCUGUGCCCACAACUCCUACUGUCAGGUGUUAAACCACAUGCCCUUCUGCGCAUGCCCUCCUGGGUUCGUAGGGAACCCGUUCACUGGGUGUACUCGACAGCUGCUUCAUACCCAGUGCUUAGAGAAUGACGACUGCCCUUCAGACAGGACUUGUGUCAAACAGAAGUGUGAAGACCCCUGCCAUGACGUCUGCAGCGGCAACAACACCAGUUGCCAGGUCCGCAACCACAUUCCUUACUGCACUUGCAAGCAGGGGUUCUUUGGAGACCCACUCACUGCAUGUAAUUUACAACUUGAUACCCAGUGCUUAGAGAACGACGACUGCCCUUUAGACAGGACUUGUGUCAAACAGAAGUGUGAAGACCCCUGCCAUAACGUCUGCAGCGGCAAGAACACCAGUUGCCAGGUCCGCAACCACAUCCCUUACUGCACCUGCAAACAGGGGUUCUUUGGAGACCCACUCACUGCGUGUAAAGUACAACACGUUUCUGGAAGUUGGCCACCAUACCCAGGAGCAAAGAAGCGCUAUGAAGUGGUAUCCGAUCAGUUAAACUGGUAUGGCGCUGUGAUUGAUUGUAAGAAUCGUGGCGGACGUCUUGCCACCAUCUUGAGUGACGAGGAGAACGAGAUGGCUAGGCAGAAGACCAAAGAGUUGGACUCAAUCGAGCUUUAUUGGGUGUCGGGGAUAAACAUCGACAAGAACAACACGUGGAUGUGGGCAACCACGGGGAAACCCUUCACGUUCACGGACUGGAUUGACGACCAGCCGGAUAACUGGAAUGGGAAAGAACACUGCCUGAUGAUCUAUAAGAAAGAUCUGGGCCACAUCUGGAACGAUGUUAACUGCUUUUCCAUCAUCCAUUACAUUUGUGAAUAUUAUGAUUGAGUGUUUCUGUAGGUUUUUAAGCACUAUAGUAAUUGCCACAAUCAAUCUUUCGUUUUUAGUUCAACAAUAACAAAUGGAAAUUUCACCUUUUAACUAAUAACAUUGUUGCAAUUAAAUAAAUGAGUUAAUACUA